AGAGUUAUACACACACUAAUGCCUCCAACAAUAACUGUUGACUUUUUAUUUGUAGUCAGAGAAGCCUGGCAACCAAGACCUUUUUUUUUUUGAGGGGGAGAGGUUUACCAGAACUGAACUGAAUUGGAAAAUAUUUGCUUUAAUGAAACAAUUUACUCUUGUGCAACAUUAAGUUGUGUCAAUCAAGCAAAUAAAGGAAGAAAGCCUUAUUUAUAAAAUUGCCUGCUUCUGGCUUCACAUCAUUGCUCCUCAGGCUCCAAAAGGGGAAAAAAAUGAAGAUUUUGAUGCUUAGUGUUUUUCUGUUUUUAUAUGGUACCCUAGCCUGGGCAAAAGAUAAGCAUUAUUACAUUGGAAUUACUGAAACAACUUGGAACUAUGCCUCUGAAAAUGGGGAAAAGAAGCUUAUUUCGGUUGACACGGAACAUUCCAAUAUCUAUCUUCAAAAUGGCCCAGAUAGAAUUGGGAGAACAUACAAGAAGGCCCUUUAUCUUCAGUACACAGAUGAAACCUUUAGGACGACUGUAGAGAAGCCAGCCUGGCUAGGGUUUUUAGGCCCUAUUAUCAAAGCUGAAACUGGAGAUAAAGUUUAUGUACACCUAAAAAACUUGGCGUCUAGGCCCUACACUUUUCAUUCACAUGGAAUAACUUACUAUAAGGAGCAUGAGGGGGCCAUCUACCCUGACAACACCACAGAUUUUCAAAAGGCAGACGACAAAGUGUCCCCAGGAGAGCAGUACACGUACCUGUUGCAUGCCAGUGAGGAACAAAGUCCUGGUGAGGAGGACAGCAACUGCGUGACUAGGAUUUACCAUUCCCACAUUGAUGCUCCAAAAGACAUUGCCUCGGGACUCAUCGGACCUUUAAUACUCUGUAAAAAAGAUUCUCUAGAUAAAGAAAAAGAAAAAAAUAUUGACCAAGAAUUUGUAGUGAUGUUUUCUGUGGUGGAUGAGAAUCUCAGCUGGUACCUAGAAGACAACAUUAAAACCUACUGCUCUGAACCAGAUAAAGUUGACCCAGACGAUGAAGACUUCCAGGAGAGUAACAGAAUGUAUUCUGUGAAUGGAUACACUUUUGGAAGUCUCCCAGGACUCUCCAUGUGUGCAGAAGACAGAGUGAAAUGGUAUCUUUUUGGUAUGGGUAAUGAAGUUGAUGUGCACGCAGCUUUCUUUCAUGGACAAGCAUUGACUAACAAGAACUACCAUGUUGAUACAAUCAACCUCUUUCCUGCUACCCUGUUUGAUGCUUACAUGGUAGCCCAGAACCCUGGAGAAUGGAUGCUUAGCUGCCAGAAUCUUAACCAUCUGAAAGCUGGUUUGCAGGCCUUCUUCAGGGUCCAGGACUGUAACAAGCCUUCAUCAAGGAAUGAUAUCCACGGAAAACAUGUUAGACACUACUACAUUGCCGCUGAGGAAAUCAUCUGGAAUUAUGCUCCUUCCGGUAUAGACACCUUCACCAAAGAAAACUUAACAGCACCUGAAAGUGACUCAGAGGUAUUUUUUGAACAAGGGACUAAAAGAAUCGGUGGCUCUUACAAAAAGUUGGUUUAUCGUGAGUACACAGAUGCCUCCUUCACCAAUCAAAAGGCGAGGGGCCCUGAAGAGGAACAUCUUGGCAUCCUGGGUCCCGUCAUUUGGGCAGAGGUAGAAGACACCAUCAGAGUCACGUUCUAUAACAAAGGACCACAUCCCCUCAGUAUUGAACCGGUUGGGGUGAGAUUCAAUAAGAGCUACGAGGGCACCUACUAUGGACAGAGUGAAAGUGUGCCUCCUUCUUCAGCCUCCCAUGUGGCACCCAAAGAAACAUUCACCUAUGAAUGGACUGUCCCCCAAGAAGUGGGACCCACUUAUGCAGAUCCUGUGUGUCUAUCUAAGAUGUAUUAUUCUGCUGUGGAUCCCACCAAAGAUAUAUUCACUGGACUUAUUGGGCCAAUGAAAAUAUGCAAGAAAGGAAGUUUACAUGCAAAUGGGAAACAGAAAGAUGUCGACAAAGAGUUCUACUUGUUUCCUACAGUAUUUGAUGAGAAUGAAAGUUUACUCCUAGAUGAUAAUAUUCAAAUGUUUACAACUGCACCUGAUCAGGUGGAUAAGGAAGAUGCAGACUUUCAGGAAUCUAAUAAAAUGCACUCCAUGAAUGGAUUCAUGUAUGGGAAUCUGCCUGGUCUCCACAUGUGCCAAGGAGACUCGGUCGUGUGGUAUCUAUUCAGCGCUGGAAAUGAGGCCGAUGUACAUGGGAUAUACUUUUCAGGAAACACCUAUCUGACGAGAGGAGAAAGGAGAGAUACAGCAAACCUCUUCCCGCAAACAAGUCUUACACUCCUCAUGCAGCCUGACACGGAAGGGACUUUUGAUGUCGAGUGCCUUACGACUGAUCACUACCUAGGUGGCAUGAAGCAAAAAUACACUGUGAGCCAAUGCAGGCAGUCAUCUGAGGAUACCACCUACUACCUGGGUGCAAGGACCUACCACAUCGCAGCGGUGGAGGUGGAAUGGGAUUAUUCCCCAAGCAGGGAGUGGGAAAAGGAGCUACAUCGCUUACAGGAGCAAAAUGUUUCAAAUGCAUUUUUGGAUAAGGGAGAGUUUUACAUAGGCUCAAAGUACAAGAAAGUUGUGUAUCGGCAAUAUACUGACAGCACGUUCAGCGUUCCAGUGGAGAGGAAACCUGAAGAUGAACACCUGGGAAUUCUAGGUCCACAGCUUCAUGCAGAUGUCGGAGAUGAAGUCACAAUAGUGUUUAAAAACAUGGCCACAAGGCCCUAUUCAAUACAUGCCCAUGGGGUGAAAACAGACAGUUCCACAGUUACUCCAACCUUACCAGGUGAAACUCACACUUACAUAUGGAAAAUCCCAGAAAGAUCUGGAGCUGGAAAAGAGGAUUCUGCUUGUAUUCCAUGGGCUUAUUAUUCAACUGUGGAUCCAGUUAAGGACCUCUACAGUGGAUUGAUUGGCCCGCUAAUUGUUUGUCGAAGAAGUUACAUCAAAGUUUUCAAGCCCCAAAAGACAGUGGAAUUCUUCCUUCUGUUUCUAGUUUUUGAUGAGAAUGAAUCUUGGUACUUAGAUGACAACAUCAAAACAUACUCAGAUCACCCUGAGAAAGUAAACAAAGACAGUGAUGAAUUCCAAGAGAGCAAUAAAAUGCACGCUAUUAAUGGAAGAAUGUUUGGAAAUCUAAAAGGCCUCACAAUGCACAUGGGAGAUGAAGUCAAUUGGUAUCUGCUGGGAAUGGGCAAUGAAAUAGACUUGCACACUGUACAUUUUCAUGGCCACAGCUUCCGAUAUAAGCACAGGGGUGUUUUAAGUUCUGAUGUCUUUGACAUAUUCCCGGGGACAUACCAAACCCUAGAAAUGUUUCCAAGAAUUCCUGGAAUCUGGCUACUCCACUGCCAUGUGACCGACCACAUUCAUGCUGGAAUGGAAACGACUUACACCAUCCUACCAAAUAAAGCAUCUUCUCAGACACAUGGAGGGAUAUGGAACGUGGUCUAUCCACUCACAGUCAGCGUGAUUAUUUUAUUCCAAAUAUCUACAAAGGAAUGACUAGGAAAAUAAGGUCCUCUGACGUCCGCAAUGGUGUAGUGUCCGGAGGCUGCCUCUUAGACAAUCUCCUAAUGUACUGCGAUGUGAGCUUACAGAAGAGCUCCUGAAUUACCAUGUCCGGGAGACAUGCCAUGAGUUGAGCUUCCCAGAAAUCUACCAGGAGCUGAGGAACCGUACCUUCAUCCUUACCACAGAGCACCU